AUGGAACUACAACCACUUGACCCAGACUAUGUCCACGAAGUCCUGUCCAAGCCGCCCUUUGUCCAAAUAGCUGGAGUGCACAACGUUCGCGAUCUAGGAUCUUACCCUACUUCGACUCCAAAUGCUAUAACAAAACCCGGAUUCGCAUUUCGUUCUGCUGAACUAUCCAGUAUCUCCGAUGAGGGGAGACAUCAUAUACGGGAUCUGGGCAUCGUCAAAAUAUUUGACUUGCGGUCAGAUACUGAAAUGGUGAAAUACAACUCUCCAAUACCUACCAUAGAUGGGGUUGAAAUUUUGCGGACGCCUGUUUUCAAAACAGAGGACUACAGUCCAGAAAUGAUGGCCAAACGCUUCCAGCUAUAUGCUACUGGAACUGUCGAGGCCUUUAUGAUUUUGUAUUCGCAAAUACUCGACAAUGGGGAAUUCGCCUUCGGCACAAUCCUUCGCCAUGUCAGGGACAAACCAACAGAACCAUUCUUAUUCCACUGUACUGCGGGGAAAGAUCGCACAGGUAUUAUCGCCGCCAUUUUGCUGAAGCUAGCAGGUGUAGAUAAUGACACCAUAUCGCAUGAUUAUGCUCUCACUCGGGUGGGCCGAGAACCGGCACGUGAAAUGGUUUUGGAACGUUUAUCGAAGGAGCCUCUUUUUGCGUCCAAUAACGAGGCCGCAUUAAACAUGCUUACUUCUCGUUUCGAAACUAUGGAGGCCUUCUUGACAUUACUCGACAAGAAAUACGGUGGAGUGGAUGAAUAUGCAAAACGCUAUUUAGGACUAACGCAGGAGGACCUUGCAACUAUUCGCAAAAAUCUUGUCGUGUCUUCGAAAUCCCGAAUGUAA